GGCAUUUGCUCUCUGUCCAUGCAUUUUCUUUAUCAUUUUUCAUGGAAUUUAAGAUCUUUUUGUACUCAUUUUAUCGAUUAGUAAUGGCCUUUUUUCAUGUCGUUUAUAGUGCAUUUUCACUGCACGAGUAGAUUUCAUUUGCUCUUUAUCACUUGCUCUGCUAUUGAAUUCAUGGACCCUAGUUUUUCUUGAUCUUAGAUGAGUUUUAGUAGUUUUUGGGAUUUUUUGUGCAUUGAUUUUAGCUGGAAAGAGUAAAUGUAUGACACUGGUUUUGGGGGCUUUUCUUUGCAUUUUGGAGUUUUUCUUUGCGUUUUGGGGUUUUUUAUUACUCAAUAAUACUUGGUUCUGGAUCGUGUUUUUGAAUUUGAGGGUGGAUUUGGUGUGUUUUUAAGCUCGUGUGAAGAGGAGUAAACCUGAAUAUUUCUUUUGAAAGACUUUUUUUUUUGCAUUUUUUGAAAUUCUAAAUAUUAUGGCCUGUAUGAUUGCUGGAACCUCGGCAUUUAAUCUCAUUGUUGGUGUGAUUAAACUUCAUGAAUUUUAAUAGGAAAAUUCAUCAAAAGAACACCCAUAAUAGAUGAAGCACUCUACCUAUUCACAAUUAAUCCAACACAAGAUCAUGUGUUUUCUAUUGGUAUUUUGAUGUUAAGUCAAAAGAUAUGGGCAAGGUGUUAAAUUGUUCAUCUCUCAUAGAUAAGUUGAUAAAUUUCGCUUUUUAAUAAUUUUAAUCAAAUUCUCUUUAAAUGGUAUUUCACGGGGAUUUUCUUGGCCAUUACAGGGAAGAAGGGAUCUGGUUGAAUUUGACUUACAAUUUCCACUGUUCGUAACUUAAACACAGGAAGUUUUUUAUUUCAGUAAAAGUUUACUAUUAUUAUUAUUUAUUAUUAUUAUUAUUAGUAUUAUUAUUAUUUUGCAUUGUCCACUUCUUUAUACUGCAUUAGUUAUCCAGGCUAGCCUUGAUAACGUUUUUUUCUUAGUUGUUAAAAGAAAUAUUGUCUGGUGCUUUUUGAUAUUUCAAAUCUCUGACCUUUAGAUUUGAUCUUUUUGGGGUUUUAUCAUGCCAAACUCUGUAUAUCAAUGUAAAGUUGUGGAUGCAUGCUUAUUGGGUGGAUCAGAGCAAUGUGGAGUCACUUCUAAAGCACACUGUUCCUUUCUUUAAAAAAAAAAUAAAAAAUUAUAUUUUUAUUUUGACGUUGAUCUUGAGGCUAUGAUUUGCUAUGGCUUUGAACAAUUGUUAAAAAAAAUGAGAUUGAUAUUUUAUCUUACAAUAUCAACGAAAAUGAGGUCGGUAUCUUGGCAUUUCUGGUUUUCUACUUGGCAUUUCUAGUUUUCUUCUAACGCAGGUAACUAGAGAUUUUCCCUAAACCAAAAUUUCAUUAAGUCAUGGUAUAUUAGUGUGGUUUUAUUUUCUGUGGGUGUAAUUGUUUUCUCUACUGUUUAAUAUUUAUGUUUAAUGUUUUUAUGUUUAAUGUGCUCUUGGUGAAUUCAGAAUUUUUCAGGCUGGAUGAGUUUGUGUUUUCUUGUAGUGAGCACUCACAAUGUGUUUGUGGCUACUGUCUACAGAAAAGUUUUUCAUAGAAUCUUGUCCAGAAGUGUAUCUUAAUUGUAUGACUCCGAGCUAAAAUUAAUGAACAUAGGAAUAUAUUGGUCAAUAGGUAGAUAGUAUAGACUCUAAUGCUCUGGCAUUGUACGACUCCGAGCUAAAAUUAAUAAACAUAGGAAUAUAUUGGUCAAUCGGUAGGUAGUAUAGACUCUAAUGCUCUGGCUUGAUCAUUGAAUCAUUUCUGAUUUGUAUGCAAAGACCUGAUUAUUUUCAAAUGGGGUGACAUGUAGGUUCCUGAAUAAAUUACUGAAUGAAGAAUUUAUCUUUUUCAUCUUCUCUAGUUGAAUUUACCUGUCUUAUUACCAUACGCUUGUUUUGGAACAAAUGAAUUUUUACAAGUUAGGACCAAUUACAAGUUUUGGAACAAAUGUCUUAAGAUAAAAUUCUACAAUUUGUUCUGGGAGUAAAUGAAAAACCUUUGUGGGAAGGAUCGGCAAAACUAGAAAUAAACAUUUAAGUUCUUAGGAUAGAUUCGUAGGCUGAUCCAAUAUCUAUUUUCUCAUGAUACCACCUGCAACAGAUUUUUUUUUCUCCUGUUUGAUAUAUUGCGUCCUAUAAUAUUUUAGAGAGUUGAAACUAAGCCUCGACCCUGUUCUUUUCAGUGAUGUAUGACUGGUGUCAUGUGCCUUACCCACUUAUUUGCACUGUGUUUUGUUAUAGGUCUAUUUAGUUAACUAUGGUCAGGGAGAAAGAUGUUUUGUGGCAGUAUGGUAAAGUAGUAGAUGGAAAGACCCAGAAAGUCGAAUGUUGUUUUUGUGGUGCAAAUAUGAGCAGUGGUAUUACCCGCUUCCGAAAUCAUUUAGCAGGGGUGUCGAAAAAGGAUGUCGCGCCAUGUAAACAGGUCCCUGAUGAAGUGAGAAUGCUUGCUUAUAACCUUGUAAAGACAAAAGACAAGGAAGCAGAUGCAAAAAAACAAAGGAAAAAGGAACUUACACUGGCCUCGAGGCAUGAGAGUACUUCAAUGGGUGAGUCUCUUCUAUCCCCUUCACCCAUUAGAACUCUUUUGCAUCCCUCUAUUGAGAAUAUCUGGCCUAAAAGGGGUAAGGAACUUGUAGAUGACUUGAUGGGGAAGUUCUUUUUUGAUAACGGUUUACCUUUUAAUGUUGCUCGGUCUAGGUAUUAUCAGCCUCUUAUAGAUGCGAUUGCAGCUUAUGGUGUGGGGUAUAAGGGUCCAAGUUCAGAGACCUUGAGAACCGAUAUUCUACAAAAUGUCAAAGAAGAGGUUCAAAAGUUUGUUGAUGACAGAAGAAAGGAUUGGGCUGAGACUGGAUGUACAAUAAUGUCAGAUAGUUGGACGGAUGCUAGGGAUAGGUCAUUGAUAAAUUUCCUUGUUGCUUGUCCUAAGGGAACUGUUUUUUUGAGAUCAGCCGACAUAACUGCUCAUGUCAAUGACCCCAAGUACUUGAGCAAUUUAUUUGAGGAAAUAAUACAGGAAGUUGGCCCUGAAAAUGUUGUCCAAAUUAUAACUGAUAUCGGGGAUAGUUUCAAAGCAGUGGGGAACAUAUUGUGUGGUAAGUAUCCCAAAUUAUUUUGGGCGGGCUGUGCAACACAUGGCGUCGACCUUAUGCUCGAGGAUUUCUCCAAAUUGAACUUGGUCGGCCGUAUCUUAGAAGUGGCAAAGGAAGUUAUCAGAUAUAUAUAUAGUAACACUGGGGUGCUAAGUAUGAUGCAUCGUUUCACUGAGAAUAGGGAACUAUCUAAGUCUCUAUCCACGAGAUUUGCUACAAGAUUUGUGUCCUUACAAUCCCUUGUGGGUCUUGAGAUGCAACUAAGACACAUGUUCACUCACCCCGAUUGGAUGGCAUCUCCCUUGAACCAAACAGAAGAAGGGAGGUUUGUUGCUAGUAUAAUGCAUAAUGAAGAGUUUUGGAUUGAAGCAAAAGAGGUGUUAGCUAUUUCUGAACCUCUUCUUAAGGUUUUGAAAUUGGUUGAAGGGGGUAAACCUACCAUUGGUCACAUUUAUGAAGCAGUAUUUGGGGCAAGGGAGACCAUCAAGAAACACUAUAAAGAUGAUAUGUUGAAAUGCAAGUGUCUUUUGGAUAUCAUUGAUAGGAGAUGGAAGGGGCAAAUGCACUCGCUUCUUCAUUCAGCUGGGGCUUUCCUGAACCCACAUAUAUUUUAUAAUAAGCUGGUAUCAUUGGACGGCAUAAAGAAUGAGAUGCUAGAAGUUGUUAAUAAGAUGAUUCCAAAGGAUGAUCACAUAAUUUUAGGCCUAGAAAUCGUUAAGUACCAGGAUGCUGAUGGACUUUUGGGAAAUCCAUUUGCCGUAGGCUCGAGAUCUGCGCUUCAUCCUGGUAAGUGGUGGAGCUUAUGUGGUGACGAGGUACCAGUGCUGCGAAAGUUUGCCGUAAGGAUCUUGAGUCAACCCUGUAGCUCAUCAGGUUGUAAGCAACAAUGGAGCUUUUUUGAAGCAAAUCAUGCAAAGAAAAGGAGCAAACUGAACUCAGGAGUGUUCAAUGACUUGGUGUUUGUCAGGUAUAACCUUCGAUUGAAGGAUAGGGCUAACAGUGAUAAGGAAUACGACAUUGAGCAUAUUAAUUCAGACAACAUAGGUGGUGCACCGGAUUGGCUUGAUGACACCGAUCCUCCCGAGACCCCACUAUUGAACGGGCUCGAGGAUAGCACCAUUCUUGAUAGUGUAAAUGAGAACUACCACAAGCCACCUGGAUUUUACCAUGUUAAGCCUGAUGACAACACAUGACAAUGUUAGUUUUUGUUUCUUGAAAAUUCAUUAGAUGGGAAGGUAAGGAGACUUCUUUUUCCUUUCUUUUCCAAUGGAAUCAUGAAAAAUGUGCAAAAUUUUGAUUUAAGGCUUCUAACAACUUCUCUUGUAUUUUUACAUGUCUGGAUGCCUUAUUUUUCUCGUGUCCCUAAACAUGAGGGUUAAUUUAUGUGUAAUAUACGUGUAUGCAUGUAAUGUUUUGUUUGAAGCCA